AUGUCGUGCUACCUGCAGCAGUGCCUCCCUCCAGUUUACCAGGACCCCAUCCCCAUCAAGUGUCCGCCAAUGUACGCUGCCAGACACCUGCCACUGCCUACCUGGCACUCGACACUGUGCAUCCCACAGUAUGUGACCCCCUGUGUCCCCCGGCAGCGGAUCAUGUCCUCCAGCUUCUCCCAACAGCAGUGUGUGACCAAGUGCAUGCCACGGCAGCAGUAUGCAACCAAGUGUGUGCCACAGCAGCAGUGUGUGACCCAGCGCAUCCUACAGCAGCCAUGUGUAACUCGGUGUGUGACGACCUGCGUACCGCAGCAGCAGUGUGCGACUCAGGGUGUGUCGCAACAGCCUUGUGUGACCAAGUGUGUGCCGCAGCAGCAGUGUGCAACCAAGUGCAUGACCACCUAUGCUCCCCAGCAGCAGUGUGCGACCAAGUGCAUCCCACAGCAGCAGUGUGUGACCAGGUGUGUGACCACAUGUGUGCCACAGCAGCCGUACCUGACCAAGGGCAUCCCACAGCAGCAGUGUGCGACCAAGUGCAUCCCACAGCAGUGUGUGACCACGUACAACCCCCAGCAGCAGUCUGCAACCAGAUGUGUCACCACGUGCGUCCCGCAGCAGCGUGCAACCACGUGUGUCUCGCACCAAUAUGUGACCGCUUGUGCCCCACAGCCAUGUGCCACCACGUACGUCCCUCAGCAAUGUGCGACCAGGUGUGUGACCAAGUGUAUUCCACAGCAGUGUGCCACCAAGGGUGCUACCAUUUGUAUCCCACAGCAGUGUGAAACAGCUUGUGUCCCACAGCAGGAGUGUGCAACCAAAUGCAUCCCACAGCAGCAGUGUGUCACCAAGUGCAUCCCGCAGCAGCAGUGUGCCACCAAGUGUGUCCCACAGCAGCCGUGUGCCACCAAAUGUGUCCCGCAGCAGCCGUGUGCCACCAAGUGUGUCCCACAGCAGCCGUGUGUGACCAAGUGCGUCCCGCAGCGCAGCAACAUAGAUGGAGUGAAAAUUUCGAGUCACUCCAAAAAGUACUGCUCUGCGCCCAAAUGGCCCUGGUAA